AUGGCGGAGCAAAUAAAGAAUCUACAGGAACGAAUCGAACCCCAUAACGAGAUACCAAAAUCCCAUGAAUCUCAGGAUAGGAACUCGGGGAUGUCACGUUCCAACAGAAGAAAUAAGAAAAGAAGGGAGAGAUCGAGGACACAUACAAGCCUCAACAGAAGCGAAUCCCAAAACGGGGAAUCCAAAACCGCCUCUCGAGAUGCUCGUACUUACCUGGAAAACAAGAAGCAGAGCGCGUUCGAAAGUGUCCAAGCAUUGGUGGAUAAAAGAAGGGAAGAAAGGAAGAAAGCGCAACUCACGAGAUCUAGCCAUCCCACUAGCCGCAUCAUAAUGCCGCAGGAUGAGACCGACAAGAGUAACCUCCCCGAAGAUCUUAUGCCAAUAAUCUCUCCGCUGGCUCCGGAGAUACUGAAUACUCCCAACCCCGGGAAAAUAAAGAUCCUAAAUAUGGCGGCCUUCGAUGGAACAUCCUGCCCCGAGGAACACUUGAUGGCAUACAAAAACUUGAUGUUGCUGUACUCCACCAACCUAGCAUUGUGGUGCAAAUUCUUCCCAACUACUCUCACAGGAGUAGCCUUGACGUGGUACACCUCUCUUCUAGGAAGAAGUAUCCACACCUUUGCCCAAUUAGAGAGCAAAUUCCUGGGUCACUUUGUGGCAUCCAAAAGGCAGGAGAAAUCAAACUUCCAUUUGCUUAGCAUAAUGCAACUGGAAGGGGAAUCCAUAUCAUCGUAUCUGAGGAAAUUCCACGAGGCAGUGCUGGAGGCACAUGAUCCUAAAAAACGAAGGUCAGAAAAAAAGGAUCUAAUAUCCUCCAAUCAUUCCUCAAGGAGCAGAGAGGAACAUUCAUCAAGGAGGGAUAGAAACUACUUGCCGCGUCGUCCAGAACCUCUGUCAGAUAUGGGACCUCCACGAUCCAGACACAUAUAUGUCGCUGAAGGGGAGUCCAGAACGCGGAAUCUACUAGAUGGAGGUAACGAUCCGCUGUUCAACCGGAACAGGAAGGACAUAUUCUUCGCCAUCCGGGAUCAGUUGCCAACUCCACCUCCUACUACCACCCCCUCUGAUCGACGCAACUACAAUCUAUGGUGUGAUUACCACAAAGAACAUGGCCACACUUUGGCCCAAUGUCGCGAACUGAAGCGUAUCCUACAUCAGCAAGCCGACGAGGGGGAGCUAUCAAGGUUCAUCAAUCGAAAAGACUAUGGCACGAGAGGUGACGCGGAAAGAAGGCCUUGGAACCAGAAAAGAAACGAGGCUAGGCGCGAAAGUUCCAACACACAAGGAACCAUCAAUAUGAUUUUCAGCGGCUACACCGAGCAAUAUCCAACAAUCUGCGCCGCGAAAGACAGCGUCCAUACUCUGUUCAAAGGACCCCCAAAAACCACCUACAGUGGGCCGAUCAUGAGAUUUGAUGCCACUACUUCCCAACCGUUGCAACAACCACACACUGAUCCUUUAGUGGUUACCAUCAAGAUUGGGCAAAUGAUGGUUAGGCGAGUAUUAGUGGAUACCGGAAGCACGGUCGAUCUUAUAACGAUGGAAUGUCUAAGAAAAAUGAAAUUCGAAGAAAAGCACCUGCAACCCCUUGAUAAACAUUUGAUUGGGUUUGGGGGAAACCAGCAUCCAGUAAUGGUGGAGGAUGAACCACUCUCAGAGGUUUUGGCUGUGAUUGUUUACGGGAUUUAG